GCGAUGGUGCUCAACUUGCUCUCGAUUUUCUUAACAGUUUCGUCGUCGUCGUCGUCGUCGUCUCGUGGUUGUGCUGGUCCCUUGGGACUCAGUCCACAAUUCACUCCAUUUCUUCCGACUUGUAUUCGCGCAUCUGUGUUGCUGAUCUAUGUAGCGCCCCCGCACCGCCGGGGUUGCACCGUCGCGUUUACCUCGCUUAAUCGCCGCUGAAGAAGUUGCCAGGGGGAGCUUGCAGUCAUGGUGUCCACUAGUAAACUCAAGUCGAUUGACUUCUACAGAAAAAUACCAAGAGACCUGACUGAAGCGUCUCUAUCUGGAGCUGGAUUAUCAAUCAUUGCUGCACUCACUAUGGUGUUCCUGUUCGGAAUGGAGUUGAGCGCUUACUUAUCGACCACGACUUCAACCAGUGUAGUGGUUGACAGAAGUAGAGACGGAGAGUAUCUACGGAUUGACUUCAACCUGAGCUUUCCAGCUCUAUCGUGUGAAUUUGCUUCAGUGGACGUCAGCGAUGUUUUAGGCACACAUAGAUUUAAUUUGACGAAAACUGUAAGGAAAUACCCAAUCGAUCCGCUAUUGCAACGGAUAGGGCAGGAGUUUCAUGCUGGGUCUGUUCCAAAUAUUAAAAGUCAUGGUGAUGAAGAUGUCGGAGAGGACAUGUUCGAACAUCUUGGAGAGGGUGCAGUGGAGCUCAAUAAGAACACAUUUGACGUAUACGCCCAGCAGUUCAGUGUUUUGGUUGUCAACUUUUACGCCCCAUGGUGUCCCUGGAGCAACAAGCUUAAAGCCUCUUGGGAGAAAGCGGCCAAAAUUAUUGCAGACAAAUACAACCCAGAGAUGGAUGGGAGGAUUUUGCUGGCCAAGGUUGACUGCACUGUGAAUGUGGAGCUUUGUAGAUCCCAUCAUAUCCAAGGUUAUCCAUCUAUCCGCAUUUUCCGCAAGGGCCAUGAUGUCAGAGGGGAUGAGCAUGGGCGACAUGACCACGAAUCUUAUUAUGGAGAGCGUGAUACAGAAUCCCUGGUUGCCUUUAUGGUGGAGCUAGUCCCACCAGCUACGGUGGACGGAAAAUUUCAGCUGGAAGACAAGUCUAGUAUCACUGUGAACGCGACCAUCAAACGUCCUGCACCUAAAGCCGGAGGCUGUAGGGUUGAGGGAUUUGUCAGGGUAAAGAAGGUUCCUGGAGAACUGAUGAUUUCCGCACAUUCUGGUUCACAUUCCUUCGACGCGACCAGCAUGAAUAUGACCCAUUAUGUUGGAUUCUUCAGUUUUGGUCGUAAGACGUCAUGGCGGUCUGUUCAUUGGGUCAAUGAAAUGUUACCUGCGUUGGAUAGUAAUAUUGAUCGGUUAACAGGGCAAGUAUUUCCUUCCGAAUACGAAAACAUCACGCACGAUCAUUACUUGCAAGUUGUCAAGACGGAGGUGAUUACGCUUCACCGGAAACAAGAUUUAAGGGUUCUUGAGCAGUACGAUUACACUGCUCAUAGCAAUAUGAUUCAGUCUACCAAAGUCCCCGUGGUGAAGUUCCACUACGAACUCUCUCCUAUGCAGGUUUUGGUAAAAGAAAAUCCGAAAUCAUUUUCUCACUUCCUUACAAAUCUUUGUGCAAUUAUUGGAGGUGUUUUCACGGUCGCUGGUAUUAUUGACUCUAUGUUGCAUAAUGCGAUGCAUAUCAUGAAGAAAGUUGAACUUGGCAAACAAUAUUGAAACCCUAAGUAGUCCAUUCCAUCAUCCUGAUGUAGUGCUGUUAAUUCUGAUAUAGCAGAGUUUUGAUUAAACUGGUUCAAUACUGCAUCCAACGACCCAUGUCAUGAUAGUUUCCCUCACAGAUGAUUGUCACUCAAAGCAUUUUUUUUUUUGCAAGGUGUCGUAGUGCUGGUUACUCCUAUUUGGUUCUCGGCUGGUGGAUGAGGAGAAUCGCUGUAUCAGAAAUGGUGAUGCGAGCUACUCAAUUCUAAUUUUUUUCUCAAAUUCAGCCAUUAGAGCUCUUAGAGAAUGCCUGAUUUUAUCGUAUCCAAAAGAUGUUUUUGCAAAUCAAUACCGGUUUUUGAUUUUACAGUC